GUUUUUGACUCGGUGUCAAGUCCGUUGCUGUGAGGAGUGAGGCAGACAGUCUGUAACCCAGUGAGAGAGAGACACUAGAGGAGGCUAUGCUGCGUGAAUGGUUUGUUUUUCCUGGCUGAAGUAGUUUUUUUUCCCCUCCGAGCGUCUGAAAGGUUAUCCCGGUGAAACAAGACGGCCACUGUUGUGCGGGAUUUUUUUUUUUUACCACAACAAACCAUUUCCAUCCCGAUGCCGGAUUGCGGCGUGCCGUCAGUCGAGACGCGUUGAGGAUCCGUCCCAGGCAUUGCACCUCCCCGGUGAUGACAUCACUGUUGUACCCUGGCCCCGCCCACGUCAUGAAGGACAUCUCCUCCUCCUCCUCAUCCUCGCCGAUCACCUCCUUACUCCACUACCCCUCCUCCAAGACCGCUGCCGUGCCCUUCUCCCCAUCCCUCUCCUCCUCCUCCUCCUCCUCCUCCACUUCCACGUCCCCGAUGCCGAUGCUCUCCUCCUCCACGACUCCCCUCUCCAAGCCCCACUCCUUCAGCCUGCAGACGGGACCCCACCUCAUCGCCAGCAUGCAGCUCCAGAAGCUCAACUCCCACUACCAGAACCUGGUGGGCUCCGUGGGAGGGGUCGGAGGAGGAGUGGGACCCGUUGCUCAGAGGGGGUUCCCCCCCGGCGCCGGGACCUCACUCCUUAGUUCCUCCGCCUCCUCUUCCUCCUCUGUGCUGGUCGGAGGCGGCGGCGGUACCGGGACGGCCGUUGGCUUCGGGCUUGGACCCCCGGGCUCGGGCACGGCGGCCGGCGGUGGCGGGGGGAUCGACUUUGAGGCGGUAGACGAGGAGGUGCUGAUGUCGCUGGUGGUGGAGUUGGGUCUGGACCGGGCCAACGAGCUCCCCGAGCUGUGGCUGGGCCAGAACGAGUUCGACUUCAUGGCCGACGUGCCAGCCGGCUGCUGACCCAGAGAGAGAGAGAAUAGGAACACACUAACUGUUUCAAAAAAAGAAAAGUACAUUUUGCGUCGACAAAAGAAUGCGAAGACUGGCGUCCUCCUGCCUUCUAUUUAGUUUUUCUUUACGUUAUCGUUCCCGGCCCGUUGACUCACGCAGAGGAAGUGAGAGGGAACAAACUGUUUGGAGUUCAUUUGAGGACAUAUUUAGUUUUUGCGUUGACAGCGUCUGAGUUUAAACGGUAGCGACACAUCGCUCCUGAGAGGGAUGCUUCCCCGUCUACGCUUUUCUCGUCUUCUCCACCGUAACGAGGACGUAUACUUACCCUUUAAGGAAAUUUUGUUUAAGUCCGUCGGUUGGUUUCUAUUUUCGUUUUGCCCCGAUUAAGACGGGCGUCUGGGUUGCAGACGCUCAUUACGUACCUCGGAUUCUGCCGACGGCGACGGCUAGCGAACAAAAAACUAUUUGGAGCUUAACCGUGGAAGACCGCAGCGAUACGGGAACCCGAAGGAAAACCGUUCCCGGAACGGAGGACUGCUGCGUUUAGGAUCUCUCUGUCUCUCUCACCACUCCCUCACUCGCUCUUAAUGAAAAGAGAGUGAUGGACAGUAGAGGUGAGGUCCGCUCGGUGGAAUACAAAGAAGCACCUGUUGCACUUGUUUUUUUUCUUACACUCUUUGGUUUCCAUCCCCUCCUAUUGGGGAUUUCAUUUUGGGAAGAAAACGACCAAAACAUAAAUGAUUUUCGACAGAUGAUAGAAAUGUGCAACAGGAAACGCAGAAUGUGUGCGAUACCACGAGUCACGACAAACAUUACCAUUUCCUGUUUUUCUUUUAAAACGGACGGCGGUUGUCUUUGUUUCUAUGGGAACGGGACCCGGGGCGUAGUCACGUCCACAAAGCCAGCGAUUGUCUAGGGAGCUGUUAUCUCCAAACCAACUGUAUCUAAUGUUCUCCUUUUCAUUUCCGUAUUUGUGUUUAAACCAAUCAGAUCCUCCCAGCAGGACAGAUUCUACCUUUCAGAGAGUAAUGAACGAAGAGGCGACGAGAACCACAGUCUAAUGCAUUUCAUUGUCAUUCUUAUCAAGGUCGAGGAGGGAAAACAUAUUUGGAUUGGCUUGCA